AUGAGUGAAGAAGAAUUCAAUGAGUUGUUCAAGGAAGCUACUCACGUCCAUUUAUGUAUUCGAUUGGAUGGAACAAAUUACAAAACAUUGAGAAUGCCUAAACUUAAGCGAAUGUUUCCAUUUUCUGAUAGCCUUACCAUUGUGAACAAUCCGAAUCUGGAAGCUGUAGUUCUUGGUCAAGAUCGAAACACUUUUGUAAUGAAUAUGAGAGUUGAAAACAACACAAAACUUUCGGAUCCGUAUAUAUUCCAUAUUGAGAAAAUUUGCAAUAAGAAAAAUAUUGGAUCGAAGUGUGAAAUCAAAGGUAUGGGGAUACCUGGAAAUCCAGCUGAUUUUACUACGCAAUCUCAAGCAUUAUCGCAAGCAUCAAAUGUAGAGACGACGCAAACUUUAGAGAUUGAAGAAGAUCUCACCACAGUCUUAAGUGAAGGUGACCUUUUGGGACCACUUCAGUAA